AUAUCGCAACAAGACCAGGACUUCCUCCUCCUUUCAGGAAACACGAUUAUGACACAAUGAAGAUCAUUCAUCAGGCUCAUGGAGCAAAGACCAAUGAAUUGGUCAUGAGUAUCGACGAUGACGAGCAUCUCGUUCUGCAACACGACCAAACCCUCCGAGCUGCUGGAGUGGCCAAUGAGACGGAGGUGGCCUUCUUCAGGAGAGAAGACUACGGUUUGUACAAAGCAAACCCCCACAGCACCUGGUGACCAAAACGAACUGUUCCAGCCAGGGGUGAAGAAUAAAACAUUCAAGCAGGUCAAGAAGGUGGAGAUCCAGCAAACUGGGCCUCUGUUCAUACACAUGGUUUUAUUUAUUCUUUAAUGUCUUGUUUUUAUACCACAGCUGUGUACAGCAGCAUGGUUGUAUGCUUUUUAUAUUUCCUAUUGUCUGCUGAGCGGGUUCUGAUACAUGGUACCGUGGACUCUUGUGUUGCAGAUGUUUCAGAAUAUGUUCAAUAAAUUUUGA